GCGUACUGAUAUUUUAGGUGUGAGUCGGCUCGACUUUGUGAAAGACAGUUUUAGUGGUAGUGAUCUCUAACUAACGAAAGGCUAAAUUGAUCUUAUUUUCGUCAAAUAUUCUUGGAUUAUACGGCUAGUCAUUGGAUUAAGAAGGUUUUAUUUAGAUAUUUUGUGAAAUAAGGAGUUAUGCUCCCGAAGUGUAUUGUAUUUUUAACGACCCUGCUGGUCUUGUGGAGCUGCGCUCUGGCCAAACAGGCGAAAGAGUCGCCAUCAUCUUCCCAUCAUGCAUCAGAUAGUUUUAUUGACAUUGAUUAUUACAGCAUGCAGCAAGAUGAUCCAGUUGUAGCAGGAAGUGGAUCUGGAUCUAAAAUAGACGAUGAUGCAACAGAUGACGAGGACCUGAUGACAUCAGGUUCAGGUAGCGGUUACAAUAUUUACCCACAUGUUGAUAAAUCAAAAACAACAAUGACUACAACAACGACAACGAAAAAGCCGUUGACGCCAUGUGAACAGUUACGUAAGGCGAGUACCAAUCUUAUAGGUAAUUACAUUCCACGAUGUACCAAGGAAGGUUACUAUGACACCAUGCAGUGUCGAGGUUAUCCAGGCACUGGUAAUUGUUGGUGUUCAGAUAGAGAUGGCAGGAUGAUCCCAUCUACUAAUAUGGAGAAUCCAAACGUACCAGACUGUGAACUUGGAACAAAUUUAAAGCCAUGUGUUUUCGAAAUAAUCAAAUUUUCGCGUAAACAGUUACUUGGAGCGUAUCGACCGAACUGUACAGUGGAAGGGUAUUUUAAAGACGUCCAGUGUCAUGGAUCUCGUUGUUAUUGUGUUACACCGUACGGUAAAAAAAUAGAAGGUACAGAAGUUUUUAUAAACGAUCGACCAAACUGUGAAGAAACUACAACUAAAUUAGUUGUGAAUUUUAGAACAACCACCAUGGCAACCAGAACAACAAGCCAGCAAGAACAGUUAAUUGUAGAAGAAUUGUUACCUACAGAAAAAACAAAUAACGUUUUAAACGCUGGAAAACCUGAUAAACAAGAACCUAAACCAGACUAUACAAUAGCUCCAGGUUCAGAUGAUGAACCGAAAAAACCACUGAAUGAACUCGAAGGUAAUGAAUCCGAAGCUAAUUAUAUGAAGCCAGCAAGUCAAUCAACUCAUAUAAUGACACAACCUGGUCUUCUAGCAGCUAUUAUAGGUGGUGCUGUCGUGGCGUUAUUGUGUGCUAUAUUACUCAUCAUGUUUGUCGUCUAUAGGAUGAGGAAGAAGGACGAGGGAAGCUACGCUCUCGACGAACCAAGAAAAAUGCCUAAUUAUGCGUACCAGCGGGCGGAAAAUAAUAAGGAAUUCUAUGCAUAAAAAGGUGCUCAUUAUGAACUGUUACCAUAUAUAAGGCUGUGUCAACGUUUUGUUACCUAGGAAACAACCUGCUCACCUCUUCAUCAAAUACACAAAACUUUCUCUCCAAGAGAAAAAAAAAAAAUAUACAGUUUCUUUUUUUUACUGCCAAAAAAAUAAUCUACCUUUAUUAAGUUUAUGGACUCUACCAACUGCAUAAAAGUAGAGUUUACUGCAGCUCUGUAGGGGUGACAGGGUAUUUGUAAGGUAGCAAAUAACAAAAUAUAAGAUAUAAUUAUUUCAUCAUCUUGUGAAAUAAGAUCAUUCAAUUUUAUCACAUUAUAAUACAGCUGUUUUCAUUGGUGGAAAAUGAAAAAAAAUUAUAUAUAUAUAUAUAUUUCACGGGUCAUCUCAUACUUUUAUCUUACACUGAUGCUGAUUGGUUGAAAUUGAAAUAUUAAAAUUGUAGACCAAUGAAAAUAUAGAGAAAUGAAUUUAAAAUUGAACUUGUGUAUAUAACUAAUUUAGAGUUGUAUAUAUUAGAUCUUUGUGAAUUUUAUAAAAUUCUUAGAGCUUUACUUUUACUGUCUCGGAUCCACCGAACUCCAUUAAAACAAUUAACAUCACCAACCAUUUUAAACAAAACUAGCUUGUAUUAAUCUUGACGUUUGGGUCUUUUUUAAUUUAUAAUGUUUUAAAAACAUGGAUACACAGGACUAGAGUCUGAAGCAAGACUAGAAAAAAAAUAGUCACAACGUCUGAACGCAGGACUAGGACUUGAAGAAAGAUUUGAGAUCCUAGUCAAAACGUCUCUCAGUUAUAAACUUGAACAAGAUUAAGAGAAGCCUAGUUGAAGUGUCUCUCAGUCAUAAACAGUAAGGAGGGAUGGAUGGCUGAAUGGUUAGCACAGGCGCGCUUUAUAAUAAAGUCUGUCAUUGAGUCAACUGGCGUGGUUUCGAUUCCCCGGUUGUAUGUGACAAGGAGUAGGGUUGCCUGUCCAACUUCGUGAGUUUUCUCUGGGUCCUCCGGUUUCCUCCCACUGCUAAAGACCCCUACGUGCAAGCAAAUUAUUGAAAUAAAAUUGAACCAUGUUUUAGUAAAUGACCUAGUUUGUGUCUUGUGAACGUUAAACCCCAUUUUUCUCUCUGUCAUAAACAGUAAUUGUAUAGUGUCCUACUUCAUGUUGCAAUCCAGAUCGGAUUGGCACGGGUUAACGUCCCCUUUAGAUCACACGAUCAUUUAUUGGAUGAAGGUUUGUGAUGAUUUCGUUCCUGGGCUUGGAUGUUCAGCCAGCAUAACCUCCAUUGGGGAUUGGUCCAGUUUAUUCCAUUGGUAAAUACCCCAACAUAAACAAUGUGUUAGUCCCGAAAUCCUCUGGUUUGUGUUGAGUGGACUUAAACCCUAUUUUACCUCUCGGCUACUUGUGUCACUCACACAAAAAUACACGGAAAUGAAAAACAGCCUGACUGUCAAACGCAACAUGCUGCUACACGGAUAUUGAACAGACUAACACCUGGGUUUAAAACACAGGUGACAAUCACUUUAAAUUUAAUCUAUUUCACCUGUGAGGUGAUGACGACGACGUUGUUGUUGUUGUUGUUUUUGUUGCGGACGUGGAGUUCGGUGUUGAUCUGAAAGUUUUAAUAUAUGUUGUCAUCGUUGUCAUACUUAACUAAUGCGUUGUUUUUUUUAUGUAAAUACAAUUUAACUAUAUUGUUCUUUCUUUUAUUAUAAUUUUUAAAAAAAAACUUUUGAAAUAUUUCAAAUCAUUUAUGUUAGAAUUACAAAGACAUUUUAAAAUCAAAUUUUUUUUUAGUAAAACUUUUAACUGAUUAUGCUGCUUGUACCAUUUUUGCUUCAUCUAUUGUUUUUAUGUCUGAUGUCGUUUCUUUCCAAGAAAAAAGUUUAAUUACCAAAAAAAACCCCAAAAAAAACAAACAAUUCUGCUGAUCAAAAAUGGAAGAGAGGCUUGCAAUUAAAAUAAGAACAAACUGCACAUUCCAUUCUCAAGGUCAGAACAGGGUCAGUAUCAUAGCAACAAGAUUAUUUACAUUGCAACCAUAGCAGCCAUGCUUAGUAACGUAAUUGACCCAUUUAUUUUAGGAUUUAUAUCUUGGGUCGUAUUCAAGAAAUCUUUGAUAGUAACAUUUUAAGAUAGUAGUUUAUUGGUCAAAGGCUAAAAUUUCUGCUAUGCUUUUAGUAGUCUCUAUCAUUCAGUCAAAUGUUGAAGACUAGGAGGUUCUGGGUGAACGAGGCUAUGAUUUUAGUUCCAAGCCAAUCGGCAAUAAUUAUUCAUAAAAUAAGUUUCCGUGAAUAAGAAUCCUGAGUUUCUUAAACUAAAAUUUUUUUGAAUGUUGAUCGUUCAUUGGUUGAGAACCAAGAUCCGUACUAGAUUUGAAUUCUCAGCAAAUGGUAAUUCUGAUUACUUAAGAUAUUUUAGUUAAAGUUUUCAUGGUUUAGGCCAGUGAAUGAAGAACUGCUGAUGUCAUGGAUUGAUAAGUGUACAGUUGUCUGUUAUAAAUAAUAGUUUAAUUAGAGAUUAAGUAAAAUUAUAUUUUAUGGUUCUAGCCAUUUUAAUUUAAGGCCACGGAAAAUAAAUCGGCAGUUUUUAUCAGGAUCAUUGAGAACUAUGGUGGGGGAGGGGUGGGAGAGACAGGCUGGUUGAAAGGUAUUUCGAGGUCUUUUUAUUACCUGAUACCUGAUCUACCCAGUAAUCCCUUAAUCAGCAGUUUUUGUCAGGAACAUUAAAGGCUCAAUACCACUCUUGUUGUAACUGAAUAAUAUGUCCCAAUCUUUAUUCUGGUCAACAAAUGUGACUUGGAUUUAAAAAUAUUUUCGAACCCUCUGGACAAGUAAAAUAGGCUUUAAUGGAUAAUUUACACAAUAGGUAAGACACCAACACAUCUAGUACUUAGAAUAAGGCUAUUUUUUUUAUUUGUGGAGCUGUCAAGCCAGCAAGAGUGUUAUUGUCCCUUUAAGAACCUUGGUGGGAGUACUGUUAUGGUGAAGGGGGGGAGGGAGGGGGGAUGGUGAACAGGUAUUGGAGUUUUUUUUAUUAGCGGAUAAUGCCCAAUAACUCAGCUGUUCUUCACCCGGUGUUCAACUCCUCCAAAAUUUGUUAUGAGACGUGACAUAAGAAUUUUGGCCCUACCCACAUGUUGAUUUCAUUUGUUCAAUGGGUUUAGAAUCUACCACAAAUGAACUAGAAGUGGUAUUUGAUGUUCCAGUCUUGUACACUUGUCUAAAAACUGCUCAUUUACCAAAAAUAAAAUCUUGUACACUGCUCAUUUAUUUUGCUGGGCCUUAUGAAAACUGUAUUUUAAAAUGUGUUUCAUGAUAAUAAUUUAUAUGGUAACUAUAGUAACCCCUGUCCCUUCAAUUUUAUAUAUAUGUAUAUUGUCAUAUUUAUAGCUGAAUAGAUCCGAUUUAUUUCAUAUAAAAUUAGACCUGGAAACAUUGGCCACGUAAACUUUAAAUUUAAAAAUGUGGAGGAUUGUAUGUGAUAAAUUAUACCAUUAAAAUUAAAACUGUAUUAAAAUUCUAUACACAAUGAUUUUACAAGUCGGACCUGCAUGCCGAUGGCGAUCAACCUACCCUAUAUAUUUUAUCCCAUGAUUACGGGCAAAAUUUCCCUCAUAGCACACUGUAUGGGGUCUGCCCAUCCUCAUUAGCCCAGUCGGUGCAGAAAAGUAGGACAUUAAACCUCAUUUCAUUUAUCCGUAACCCGACCGCGUCUAUUUUUCUCAAAUAUUUGCAGACCUGACGAUCGUGACUGCUCAGGGUACAGACCUGACAACCGUGAUUGUUCAGGGUUCAGACCUGAUAAUCGUGACUGCUUAGUGUUCAGACCUGACAAUCGUCUAAUAACACUGAAACUCCAAUAAAGUGGCCGUUUACGAACAGAAAUUAUAAUUAAUGUCAGAAGAAAGUCAUUAACGACAUGACUAUGGAAAAAGGUUUUUUUUUUUUUUUUAAAAUCUGUGGUAAAUAGCUGUAUAUGAAAAUGAAUAUUUUAUUUAAAGUUUACGUGACGAUGGUUUCUCCUGUAUACCAGUGUUUUUUGUAGAUGAAUCAAAAUUUAUACCAAAUAAUGAUAGAUAAUCUAGACAGACGAUCCUCUGUUUAUUGUGUGAAAUAAGAUUUUUGUAUAAAUAAAAAAUAACUUGUACUAAUUAUAAACUG